UAGAAGAUAUCAAAAUUUAAUAUAAAUGAAAGUAGUCAAGUACAUGGACUCAAACUUUUACAGAUGAAAGUAGAGAGAUGAUUUUUUUUAGAAAAAGGAAAAGAAAUUGAAUAUGCAUUUAACACUUUCACUCACUAAGAAAAAAUGCAUAUAAACAUUCUAUGUAGCCUCAGUGAGUUCCAUUAAUCACCGCCAAAAUUGUCACAAAAUCUCACCUAUAAAAACCCCUUCCAAAUCCAAUCUUCCAUCAUCACCAAUUCUCUAAAAUAAAACAUUCAUAUCUCUCAUCUUCACCAAAAUCCCAAGACAAUGGCAUCCUCCGCCUUCUUCCUCCUCUUCCUCCUCGUCUCGUCUCUGGCCCUCGAGGCAGCCGCGGGGCGGGACGUCCCGACAGACGAUGCCAAAUUUUCCCACGACGGCACGGUGUGGGUCCCGGGCCUCGGCCGUUUCAUGCUCCCCAAGAAAGGCUCCAAGUCCUUGGACUACAAUCCCAUCACCGGAGCCCCGGGAGGGAACGGCGUCUCCAUCCCCGGGAUCGGCGGCUCGACCGGCAGCCGCAGCUAUAUCCCCGGCGGAGACGACACAUUCGCGCCCGGCACAGAGGUGCCCAUCCCUAGCGGUGGAGGGAUCCCAACACCAUCCAGCCCUUAAAGCUUUAAUAAAAUGAGCAAGAAUGGUGGAAAUCUCAAAUCUGUCUUUCUCUAUUUUUUUCCUGCAUUUUAAAAGGGCAUGUAGCAUUCUAUUUCUAAGUUUUUCAAUGUUGUAGCUCUACCAUGUUUGCACUCAAUAAAAGGUGUGUGUGUGUUUCUCUA